CUUUGCUAUUACCGGUGUCAGAACGUGCAUCUUGCUACCAACCUUGAGAUGUCGUCAAAGUCUCAAUUUGAAAUGAUUAAGCUUUGAUAAGGAAAGUAUAGCUUCAUUACGGUGGAAAUAAACAGGAUUGUGAUAUCUAUACUUGGCGUCACAAUAUGUUACUAGCCUGAUGCAAAAAUAUUGUGAAAUAAUGGAUUAAUAUUUAAAAUAUGUAAAAAAAAAACACCAGCUAUUAAUGCACUUCUAUUCUAUUAUAAAUAACAAUAAUUGUUUGUGCAAAUGUUAAUAAUAAACUGCUGAUGUCAAAUUCUGUUAUGGCUUUCUAAAGAGAACAAGGCUCAUUGCAUUUUAUGCCUAUAAAAGAAUAAUAAAUACAUUGUCACCACCAACAUUUCAAUGAACGUUAUAAAAGCUUGAGCUUACUAAAGAAAGAUUUUCACAAUUAUUGCUGUGUACUUCGUAAAGUCAGCUCCGGCGAUCACCCUGGGCAGGAGCGAUGGCCCUUUAGUGGCGUCUCUGGAUUUACCGGACGAAGACGGCGAUGCAACGGCGUUUGCGAUCUCUGGAAAACACACUGCCGCAGCCGGAGCCUUAUCCAGUGACGGUGCUGCCGUAGCUGCCGCAGGUCAGGGCAAUGCAGUGGCCGCAGCGGCAGGAGACGGUGAGAUCGUAACUGCAGUUGCUUCAUCGCUUUUAGACGAAAACGAUGAAGCUGACAGUGAUAGCGGUGAUCGAUCUAAUGGCAGUGAUACUAAAUAGUAACGUGAUGAUGAAGGAAAUGGUGGUGGCUCUGAUGAAGAUAGUGGACCUGUUGUUGCUCAAGGCAAUAGUGAUGGUACCAAGGGUGGAGAUGCCGAGGGCCAAGCUGAAGGUGACGUGGACAGUGAUUCGGAUAGUGAUACUGACGGCAAAGAACAAGAUUAAAUUAACUUAAUUAUAGAUUUAAAU